ACACUAGGGUUUUCUUUACUUCCAUUCAGCCUCCCUCUUCUUCCUCUCACUCACACACAUUUCACACAGUAGCAGAAGAGCAGCGGCAAUGGCGCAGGAGCAGCUCAUCCUCCGCGGCACCAUGCGUGCCCACACCGACUGGGUGACGGCCAUCGCCACCCCAAUCGACAACUCCGACAUGAUCGUGACCUCCUCCCGCGACAAAUCCCUAAUCCUCUGGAACCUGACCAAGGAGGACAAGAACUACGGCGUCGCCCGCCGCCGCCUCACCGGCCACUCCCACUUCGUCCAGGACGUCGUCCUCUCCUCCGACGGCCAGUUCGCCCUCUCCGGAUCCUGGGACGGAGAGCUCCGCCUCUGGGACCUCCAGACCGGCGCCACCACCCGCCGCUUCGUCGGCCACACCAAGGACGUGCUCUCCGUCGCGUUCUCCGUCGACAACCGCCAGAUCGUCUCCGGCUCCCGGGACAAGACAAUCAAGCUCUGGAACACGCUCGGCGAGUGCAAGUACACCAUCCAGGAUCAGGACGGCCACUCCGAUUGGGUCUCGUGCGUUCGAUUCUCGCCGAACAAUCUCCAGCCGACGAUUGUUUCCGGGUCGUGCGAUAAGACGGUCAAGAUCUGGAAUUUGACCAAUUGCAAGUUGAAGUCGACCCUCGCCGGGCACUCCGGGUACGUCAACACCGUGGCGGUUUCGCCCGACGGUUCGCUUUGCGCGAGUGGUGGCAAAGAUGGAUUCAUUUUGCUGUGGGAUUUGGCGGAGGGGAAGAAGCUAUACUCGUUGGACGCCGGUUCGAUUGUGCACGCUGUUUGCUUCAGCCCUAAUAGGUACUGGCUCUGCGCGGCGACCGAGGCUGGGAUUAAGAUUUGGGAUUUGGAGAGCAAGAGCGUUGUUGUUGAUCUCAAGGUGGACUUGAAGCAGGAGAGCGAGAUGAUUUCUGAAGGCAAUGGCCAAACCGCUGCUAGCAAGAACAAGAUCAUAUACUGCACCUGCCUCAACUGGAGUGCCGAUGGAAGCACCCUUUUCAGCGGUUAUACCGACGGUGUUGUUCGAGUGUGGGGUAUCGGGCGUUACUAGAUUUAGCCGAGUUAUCAUAAAAAAUGCUUUUUGUUUAGAGCUAUUUCAAGUUACUAUUAGAAUUAUAAUCUGUGCGCCAAGUCACCGGAGAUAUUUGGAUUCUGUGUUUUGUUUGCUUUGCUGGAUUGCAUCUUUGAAUUCUCUAUAUUUUUGUUAGCUACAAUGUUCUUUUUUAAAUUAUUGCGAAAAUUUUAAUCCCAGUUCUGCUUGAAUUUCGAGUUUAUGUAGUAGGUAUGUAUGUAUUGU